AGUCAGGUUCCCCUGCAAUAUGGCUGUCAGUAUAAAUUUGAUGCUUGUAACAUGCGCUUCUCUCCGAAAAAUUUGACAAAUAGUCUGUCUAACUGUCGAUUUUUCCAAAAUAUACAGCGUAAUGUGAUUUUUGAAGAAUCAAUACAGUGGGAAACGGCUAUGCGGGUUAGCUGAAGAAUAACAGCUAAACACAUUAUAUUUUAAAAUCAGGUAUUCACAGUUGUUCCUGAAUUAGUAUCACCUAUAAACAUGACAUCAAGGUUGGAUAGAUUGUUUAUAUUAUUGGAAACAGGAACAAAUGCGGUAACAAAAAAGGCUGCCGCACAACAAUUAGGAGAAGCACAGAAAUUACAUCCUCACGAUUUACAUCAUUUAUUAGCAAGAGUUUCUACUCUGUUAAAAUCUCCACAAUGGGAUACAAGAGUUUCUGCUGCACAGGCUGUACAAGCUAUAUUAGCUCAAGUUCCUGCUUGGGAUCCACAACCUAUUAAAAAAGAAGUUAAAACAGACGAAGAAGCAAAAAAACAUGCACCAAAUAAUAGAUUAAACUUGGCAGACUUUGAUAUGGAAAAAGUUUUAGCAUGUAGUUCACACUUAACUGGAUCAGAAGGCAGUGAAUAUGAUUUAAUUAAUGCUGACGGAGAACAAGUACCAGUUUCCAAUCAAGAAGAGAAACUGAUUGCUGCUAAGUUAGGUCUGCAUCCUCAGUUAAUGGGUGUUGAUACAUCAGAGUUAUUUACUGCUGAAGAUCUUACACCACUAGUGUUACCACCUGUCUCGAAUACACAAGCAAAGGUGUCUAUAGGUGAAACACUGAAACAACCUAGUGGACUGAGUAGGCGUGAAAUAAACAGAGCUAGACGUAAGGCACGACAAUCAGUUUCAAAGCAACGUUCUCGAGAACCAGAUGAUCAUCGUAGCAAUGAAGACUAUCACAGUAACUCAAAUGCUCAAUCUCCCACUAAUAGUACAGGGGAGUCGUUAUGUAAAAAAAUAAAAUUAGAAAAAGUAAUCUCAGCAGAUACAAACAUGCCCAACAGUAAUACACAGACUGAAUCAACAAAUGGAGUACCAGAUAGUACUGGUUGUUGGCCUGAUUCUGCAAUAGACUGGCCUUUAGAGUCAUUUGCUGAAAAUCUUCGUCUAGACCUAUUUAGUCAGAAAUGGGAAGUAAGACAUGGAGCUGCAACUGCUUUACGAGAACUUGUAAAGUUUCAUGGAAAAGGCGCAGGCAAAUCAAGAGAACAAACUGCAGAGGAAAUGGAAGAAAGUCAUCAUCAAUGGAUUAUUGAUGCUGCGCUACGACUAUUGUGUGUCUUAGGACUAGAUCGUUUCGGAGAUUUUGUUUCUGAUCAAGUUGUUGCGCCUGUGCGUGAAACAUGUGCCCAAGCACUAGGUUCUCUAUUGUUACUAGUGCCAAAUCAAAGAGAUAGUGAAAAUAAAAAUAAAGAUAUUAUAGGAAUCAUAUCGAUUAUAUUGAAGCUUUUAGAACACGAUGAAUGGGAAGCAAGGCAUGGUGCGUUACUCGCACUAAAAUAUUUGCUUGCCGUUCGAGAUGAUUUGUUAGAUGACAUACUACCAAGGAUUUUCCCUGCCACCAUGAAAGGCCUAGCUGAUCCAGUUGAUGACGUAGGCGCUGCUGCAGCUAGUGCACUCAUACCAGUGGCCUCUGCUCUCCCGAGAUUAUUAGAACCAUCAGAAUUAGAAGCUAUUGUAACUCGUUUAUGGGAACUUCUACGUGAACAAGACGAUCUAGCAGCAGCAUGUAAUAGCUUCAUGGGUCUAUUAGCUGCUAUACUUUCAUUACCUACUGCACGUGCUUGUCUUACACCACAGCCAUUAUCACAGGUUUUACCACGAUUAUGGCCAUUUCUCAGUCACUCUAGUUCAAGUGUACGCAAAGCAACUUUACAAACAUUGCAAACAUUAACCGGAGAUGAUGGAGCACAGAAUGAGAACAAAAAAGAAUUAUGGGGUGAAGGAGGUGGACCUGUAUUACAGGAUGCACUUCGUCAUGUCUUUCAGCGUGUACUAAUUGAACACGUAACUGCCAUACAAGACGUAGCUGAACGUGUGUGGGAGAAUCUAGUCGUACAGAGCGAUCUCGAAUUGUUACUGCACGCAGCAUGUCCCCUUGUUAGCACAUGGCUUUGCCUUGCUAUGCAACCGGAACAUGUGCCAUUUAAUCCUAACUUAUUAAUGACAAUAAGUUCACUUAACAAAGGUAGUAAAAGCAAUCAGUUUAUUAGUGCCUGCGAUGGACAAUCAGACACUAGUAACAAUGGUGGAAAUAACGCCACACCUGGAAAUGUAAAAUCGAUGUCUGAAUUGAAAGUUUAUAUUGGUGGGAUCGAGACUGUAGCUCAGAAUAUAAGGAAAUCAAACGUAAUUCAAGCUCGUUGUAGAGCUGCACGCAUGUUAGGAUUGCUGUCGCAUUAUGUGGUGCAACCAGCUCCAUAUGUCACCUAUACACCAGAUAUACCUAGUCCGGCACUUUGUUAUGCUAAAGUAUUACUAGCACACCUGAAUUCACGUUCGGCGUUGCAACGCACUAUCGCUGGACUGACCAUGUCUCAUUGGGCGACUGUAAAUGAUAAACCACCGACAAUACCAGACAUACUCAGGGACAAGCUCUUGGGGUGUUUAAACGAAUGUGUAUACUAUGAUGAGAUCGCCGCAUCUUUCACUCGACUAUUACACGACAGCCGUGAUUACAUUGCCACUCUCAAACAUUAUAAAUUACCUGUUCCUAUCGAAACAGAUGCAUCGGGAGUAAUGACUCUAGAUCAAAUUGCGAACCUUACUGCAAAACCAAUUACAGACCUUUGUGCCAUGGGCAAUGCUACAGGUUCUGGGGGACCCGGUGGAAAUAUCGGCAGCAGCUCCAACACAAUUAAAUUAAAGCCAAAGGUGAUAGAAAGUUUAAAAGAAAGACGAAAAGCUCUGGAAAUUGGUGCUAAUGAUACAGCAGCUCAACAACUUGCUUACAAUGUUAUGUCAAUGUCGGCACUUGCUGGUGCUGCUACAAUGUUACAUUGCCUUCCUCCAUCUCCGCAGCCUCUUAAUCCAUUAGUAAAGCCACUGAUGGAAGCUAUUAAACGCGAGGAAAAUGAAGAACUACAGAAACUAGCCGCAAAACAUUUGUCAUACUUAGUUGAACUUUGUUUAGAUAGACAACCAUCUCCUAAUGCAAAGAUAUCGAUCAAUUUAUGUACAUCCUUGUGCUCUGAUAUUGAGUUUACGCCUCGCGUUAAUUGUGAAACUGAUACAGACCUUUUUGAUGGAAUCCUUACUUUAAGUAAUAGACAAAAACACGCAGAAAGAAUAGCUUAUAAUCGAGGAGCAAAUAGUGGACUUGGUGGAGGAAGAGGGCCAGGUCGGCCGCCUACUACUGAAAUUCCUUUGGAAGAACUUCUUGCUUGCGAAGAACCUGAAGCAAAAGCAGCUAGGACGCGUCGUCGUGGAGCAACUUUGGCACUGACUGCUAUAGCUACUCAUUUUGGUGAUCAAUUACCAACUCGUCUACCACAUUUAUGGGAAUUAAUUCUCCCAAAAAUAUUACGGGAAGAAGAAAGGAUUACAGGAUGUGAAAAUUCUCAAGAAGAAGUGAAUCAGUUGAUUUCUGGUUUACAAGUUUUAGAAGUUAUGACUCCAAGUCUCCAUAAAGCUUUACUACCUCCUGUCCUAGAUUGCCUUCCAUGUUUGUGUAAAUUAUUGGCUCAUCCAUACAAAGCUGUUAGACAUAUGGCUGCACGAUGUAUGUCUGUGUUAGCUACAUUAGAUACAAAAAAGGUAAUAAUAUACAUCACACGUAAUGUAAUACCACUUUUAGAAGCUACUGGCGGCGAAAAAUUGUAUUCGACGACCGUAACAGCUCCACGUGAAGUAGACUCGAUAAGGCAAGGUGCAGCUGAAGCAUUAACUUGUCUUGUUGAAAGCUUAGGUGUUAAUAUUGUAGCAUACGCUGUGCUUUUUAUGGUUCCUUUACUUGGACGUAUGAGUGACCAAAAUCAAGCUGUGAGACUAGCUUGCAGUGCAACGUUUGCAACCCUCGUACAACUUUUACCCCUUGAUCCCGGUGCAAUAGCUGAUCCGCCAGAUCUAGUGGAGAAAAAAGCUCAGGAGCGACGAUUCUUAGAACAACUUUUAAAUCCACGCAGUAUUCCAGAUACCGAGUUACCAAUUCCUGUAGCAGCAGAGUUACGUUCUUAUCAACGACAAGGCCUGAAUUGGUUAAACUUCUUAAAUCGUUAUCGACUUCAUGGUGUCUUAUGUGACGACAUGGGCCUUGGAAAAACGUUACAAACUCUUUGUAUAUUAGCAUUAGAUCAUCAUCGAAACCCUCAUGCUCCACCAAGUCUAGUAGUGUGCCCGCCGACUUUAACCGGUCACUGGGUAUACGAAGCAGAGAAAUUCUUUGAAAGUAAAGAUCUUUCAGUUUUGCAAUAUGCCGGCACACCACCCGAUCGUGAGAAACUGCGUCCGAAAAUUAAUUUCCAUAGACUGGUAGUUGCAAGUUACGAUAUAGUGCGCAAAGAUAUUGAUUACUUUGAAACGUGGCAAUGGAAUUACUGUGUACUCGACGAAGGUCAUGUUAUAAAAAAUGGAAAGACAAAAAGUGCAAAAGCGACGAAACGAUUGCACGCCAAUCAUAGGCUUAUACUGUCAGGAACUCCGGUUCAAAAUGAUGUGCUUGAGCUAUGGUCCUUAUUUGAUUUUUUAAUGCCAGGUUUUCUGGGCACUGAGAAACAAUUUGCAGCAAAAUAUUCGCGUCCUAUUUUAGCUUGUAGAGAACCAAAAGCCGGACCAAAAGAACAAGAAGCAGGUGCUUUAGCUAUGGAAGCACUGCACAGACAAGUAUUGCCAUUUCUAUUGAGGCGAAAUAAAGAAGAUGUUCUUCAAGAUUUACCACCUAAAAUUACUCAAGACUACUAUUGUGAUUUAUCACCUCUGCAACGUACAUUAUACGAAGACUUUCGUAGCAGACAUUCUGCCACUUUCUUGUCUACUACAUCUUGUACUUCAUCUCCAGGCGAUCCUCAAGGAGGUCACGUGUUCGAAGCAUUGCGAUAUCUACGUAAUGUUUGUAAUCAUCCAAAAUUAGUUUUAAAUCCACGACAUCCAUUAUAUCAGACGAUAUGCAAUUCACUGAAACAACAAAAGAGUACAUUGGCUGAAAUAGAACAUGGAGCUAAAUUGCCAGCACUGAAACAGUUACUAUUAGAUUGUGGAAUUGGACAACCGCAACAACAACAAAACCGUAAUUCUGUAUCUACUGGCAAUAUACCAGAUAAUCAACCACCUCAACAGCAACAAUUAGUCAGUCAACAUCGAGCUUUAAUCUUUUGUCAGUUGAAGGCAAUGUUGGAUAUUGUAGAGAAGGAUCUUCUACGCGCGCAUCUACCAACAGUUACAUACCUUCGUCUUGACGGAAGUAUACCAGCAACUCGAAGGCAUGCCGUAGUGGCUCGUUUCAACGCUGAUCCAUCGAUCGAUGUACUUUUGUUAACAACUCAAGUAGGAGGACUUGGAUUGAAUUUAACCGGUGCAGAUACUGUUAUCUUUGUGGAACACGACUGGAAUCCUAUGAAAGAUCUUCAAGCAAUGGAUCGAGCACAUCGUAUUGGACAGAAAAAAGUAGUCAAUGUGUACAGGCUUAUUACAAGAUCUACGGUAGAAGAAAAAAUAAUGGGACUUCAGAAAUUUAAACUUCUCACAGCAAAUACUGUGAUUUCGACAGAGAAUGCUUCUUUAGAAACAAUGGCUACCGAUCAGUUACUGGAUUUAUUCUCAUUAGACAAUGGCAAGGGAAAGAGGCCAGACAAACAAGGAGAGACUGCAUCUAAAAUUAGCGGAGUUCCAGGUGUUAGUCGUUCUGUCUUAGAAAUUCUUCCUGAAUUAUGGGAGCAACAACAAUAUGAUGACGAAUACGAUUUUGACUCAUUUUUAUCCACAUUAAAGGCUGAUAACCAGUGAGCUUUUAAUUUAAACAGUCUGUUUCACUGAACAUAAUUAUUCUGCAAAAUUGUAUAUUUAAAAACUGAAUCUAUAAUGGCAAUUAUAGGAUUCCCCUAAAUUCAUGGACUGAAAAUAAUAAAUAUUCUUCUAUUUAGAAAAAAAGGAAAACAAUGUAAGAACUACAUGUUAAGAAAAAAGAAACUCGCAUAAAUAAGUUGCUAAUUGAUUAUGUACUAUAAGUAAGCGAGUCUUGUUUAUUUAUAAUAACUUAUAAAAACGUCGAUACAAUUACAAUUCCGUAUUUGUACCAAAUAACACCAGGGUGCAUAUUUAUUUAUAUAUUAUAA